ACCUUUUUCAAAGUUAAUGUAGAUUUUUCAAAAAGUAUUUACAAGCUUUUGUAAUAACUUUUUUCAUGGUGAUUACAUAAAAUUUUCAACUAAUAUGGGUAAUUUGGACGGGCUUUAGGGCUAUGAUCUUUUGGGCCCUUGAGCCUGAGGCCAGGGGCUAAGGGAAUCGAACGGCUAUCCGCUAUUGUUCAACCUUUCGGUCUAACAAGUUACGAUCAACGUAACUUUCGAGCAUAGAAGCAGUCUAGAAAGAUCGGAGCCUGGAGGCGAAAGGGGAAGUCUCUGUGUGGGAACGUUUGAAAUCAAUUCAAUGGCGACCUUGGUGAAAGCGAUUUUGAAUCCGCAGAAAAAUUGGUUCGCUGCUCUGCACAAGAAAACCAUCGCCAAUCGCCUUCGCAAAUACGGGUUGCGAUAUGACGAUUUGUACGAUCCGAUGGAAUCUCUUGAUAUAAAGGAAGCUCUUGCAAGACUGCCUCGUGAGAUUGUUGAUGCUAGAAACCAGCGAAUCUUACGCGCUAUGGAUCUCUCCAUGAAACACGAGUACCUUCCUAAAGAUCUAGAGGCUCAACAGACGCCCUUUAGGAGCUAUCUAACUGACAUGCUAGCCCUGGUAGAGAGGGAGAAAGCAGAACGUGAGGCCCUGGGAGCAUUGCCUCUUCAGCAGCGUACUUUGCCUUAGUUUGUUUCUUUAUUUUUUAAAAUAAGUGGAUCGUUAAAGGGAGUGAGACAACAUUCCUUUUUAUUUUGAUUUUAACAUUGUUGUUUUGGCAACAAUAAUAAUUUUUCUUUAUUGUUAAUUCAUGUUAUACUGUAUGUUGUUUGUGGUUGAUAUUUGUACGUCCUAUACAUGUGAGUUGACAUGUAAACAUUGUUACUUUCAUUUUCUUUUUCCUACUAUCGGUCUUCAGUUUAUUCUUCGAA